AUGUCGUCCACUUCUGGUGGUACUGUCGAAAAGCGAUCAACUCUAGGCCCACUCUUGGCCGACCGGAUAUCAAGCUUGUCAAGCGACUUUCAUUGCCCUAUUUGCUUGAGUCUCAUCAAGGAAGUAUUCAUGACACGCUGUGGCCACUCGUUCUGUUACUCCUGCAUUGUGCAGCAUCUUCGCGACAAGCAAGACUGUCCUGUCUGCCGAGGAGCACUGACACGGGAUCAGAUCUUCCCCAACUUUUCACUAAACAACAUAUUUGAACGCUCCGCUGAACUUUUGGACAAUGCCGAUGUGGCUGAGCCGAGAUCCAAGUCGCGGCAUGAUAUCCUGAAUCAAAACGACUACACUCCCGAAGAACUUGACAACAUGCUGUCGACAUUGAAGGCGAAAAAGCGGAAACUGGAGGCCGACAGCAAGCAAGUUGAGCUUGAAGUUCUUCUGUACUUCUUGAGGAACACUAGGGCAGAGAAGCAGGAGGCUAAGCGACGACUCGAGGCACAGAUCGAAUGUCUGGACGAGGAUGUCAGGAAGGCUGAAAAGAAGCUGGACGUCUUGAAGCAGUACUGCGGCUAUCAAGCAGUCACCAGGAGCAUUGAAGACGAGGAAGAAGAAUUACUUGACGGUGCAGGUGUCUUGGGAGGUGUCCAGGUUCCCAACGAGGUGUCAGAGGAAGAAGAUGAGGCCGUGCCUCCUCAGACUGGUUCCAAGAGGAGUCAUUCUCAACUGGAGCGCGAGACAAGUGGCGACGAAAAGAUCGCAGGAAGAGUUACACCGGAAGCCAACAUGCAGAUGCUCAAGAUCUCAAAACAAGUGAACUUCAAUAAGAAGCGUGUAGCUGAGCACUUUGAAGAUUUGCAGCGAUGCUACUUCGACUUUUCUCUCGCCUCUGAUACGAGGCGAGAGUCUGGACUUUCGAGUUUUUGCUCGACGAUCUCCAGGUUUACAAAGUUCUCCCACUUUGAGCACGUCAACACGCUGCGCUAUGGCGAUAUCUACAACACAUCUUCGAUCGUUUCUUCUAUGGAGUUUGAUCGGGACGAUGAGUACUUUGCAACCGCGGGCGUGACUAAGAAGAUAAAAAUCUUUGAGUAUGGAUGUAUUGAAAAGUCGGGACUUGCAGGAACCAGUCUUCGAGAUGACGAUCCGACAGAGACGUAUGAGGCUGGCGGUUCGUUGUCGCGCCCAUCUCGGUAUAGCUCCAACAAGAAGCCAAUCACAUCGGUACUUCAUUACCCUGUACGAGAGAUGAUGUGCAGGAGCAAGAUCAGCUGCUUGUCGUGGAACUCGUACAUCAAGUCGCAGAUUGCUAGCUCGGACUACGAGGGCAUUGUGUCGUUGUGGGAUGCACAGACAGGAGUCAACACGCUCAACUACGACGAGCACGAAAAGCGAGCAUGGAGUGUCGAUUUCUCACGGACGGACCCAACGCGUUUGGCGAGCGGUAGUGACGACACCAAGGUCAAGAUCUGGUCGACCAAUCACAAGGCAUCUGUAUGCACGAUUGUGAGCAAGGCGAACAUCUGCUGCGUCAAGUUCAACCCAGAGAGCAGCAACCACAUUGCAUUUGGAAGCGCGGACCAUCACAUUCAUUACUACGACCUGCGCAAGGCCAGUGAACCGCUGUUUGUGUUCAAGGGUCAUCGAAAGGCGGUCUCGUAUGUCAAGUUCUUAAGCAGGGAUGAGCUCGUCUCGGCGUCGACAGACAGCACACUCAAGCUGUGGAGUACCCAGAGGAUGAACUGUGCAAGGACUUUUGUGGGCCAUGUGAACGAGAAGAACUUUGUUGGGCUGAGUGCGUCGGGCGACUGGAUCUCGUGUGGAAGUGAGAAUAAUGCCGUUUACACCUACUACAAGGAGCUCCGCGACCCUGUCAUCACCGUCAAGUUCGGCAACUCGAACCCCGUCACCGGCGAAGACACGGCGGAUGAAGACCCGUCGCAGUUUGUGAGCUCUGUCUGCUGGAAGAAGAACAUGUCGAACAACAUUCUUCUGGCAGCCAACAGUACAGGUGUCAUUAAAGUCCUGGAGCUUGUUUAA